GCUCGCGGCAAUUGCAUCUCACUCACAUGAUGCUGCUGCGUCACGGAGGAAGGAAGGCCAUGCCACUAGGCAUCGGAAGGCGGUCCAUUUCGUUGCUUCACCUCAAUGCCAGCAUUUCGGAAGACUCUGCAACCUCCGUGGUGUCCAUGGGUCUCAUGGCGUGUGUGCACCAGCAGUCGCUUCGUGCAGCUUGGACCCAGAAGAAGAACAUCGUCGUCAACAGCAGCAGUCGACAACAGACGCCGUUCCGCGUAAUCGAACGCGACUUGUGGUCUCCCGAUCUUCCCAAGUUCUGCAAAGAUACCAUGCGCAGCACCUACCGCGUGCUGCAAGGCGAAGGAACGUCCGACGAUUUGGCAACCAUCUCGCCGAUUCAACACUUGGCGCAAGAACUGCUGGAAGCCGACUGCGUGGUCGUUUCGACUCCCGUGUGGAACCACAGUGUGCCGUACGUGCUCAAGCAGUACAUGGACUGCGUGGUCCAGCCCGACCUCACCUACUCCCAAGCUACCCAAGAGCCGUUCGUGACCGGCAGGACGUUCGUGUUGAUCUCGUCCGCAGGCGGCGACAUUCGCGAGCAAGACACGACCUUCGCCCUGGUUGAGUCUGUCUUUCAAAGUGUGGGGUUCAACCACGGGCAUGUGAUUUCUCUCCAAGGGCUCAAGGAGUCUGGUACGCGGGCGGCGCAGCUCGACGCCGCUCUGUACGAGGCCGAGCGCAUUGCGCAGCGAGUGGUCGAACAUAGCCUGGUGUAGUCGUAAGCUAUAUUCAAGAGCGUUAUGGGGUUGCUAUCCUUUGGUCAACGGCACGAUCAUGCCACGGGCAAACAACGGGUGGUGGUGGUGGCUUUGAAUAAACAGCGCCAUGAUGCCAAUGUUCACGGCAAAGAACCCAAGGCCCGCCACCCAAAUCUGCAUAUUGCAUGUCGUUACAACCCAGAAUGAUGGUGAUGGUGAAUGAUGGUGGAUAGUCAAGGCACGAAACAAUAUCGAUCAACCAAUCAAAACCCAG